AUGAUUCCACCGGAAAGGGAAGAAGAAGAUGUGGGUGUUGAUCAGGACGAGGAAGAAGAAGAGACGUCGGAGGUGGAAGAGGAAGACUUUAUCGACGAAGACGAUGGUGUCUUCGUUGAUCUCUCCGCUCCACUCAGCAAUGAAAACCAGGAAAAUCCGAUACAAGCAGUAUUACACAGCAAUACUGACGCAAUUUCGUGGUAUGAAGAAGUGGAAAGAGUUACUCCUCUUCUGAAGAUUACUAUCAGACAGGAUGCAAAGGUGCAACGAGUUCAUUACGAGGGUCAAAAACACUCUAAAGGACAAUUAAGCAGCAAAACUUUGCACUUACCAUUAGCUUAG